AGGGUCGAGGAAGUGCAGAAGACCAGGGCCCGGCUCUGCAGCUCGGCUCCGGUGCAGUGAGUGCGUGUGUGCCGGCGUCCCCGCACCCUUGGACACCUGACAAGCAGGGAUGCCAAGAAUAGCGUCACCGGCGGCGGCAGCCUUGGCUCGCCCCGGUGAUGCCUGCCCGGCAUCACCUCCCGCCUCCCACCCACCUUCCACUCCCAGCCCCGGGUCGACAUCGAGGCCUCCUGCUAAGAGUGUGCAGAAGCGUAACGAGGCAUGGAUGAGACGGAGCCGGAGCCUGCAGUGGAUGCGGUGGUGCAGGCGGCGGCGACCUCGUCGUACGUGGACGAACUCAUUCCGUACUUGGUGCUACUGGGGAACACUUUACUGUUUAUGCUAGUUCGCCGGCUGGCAAACAGGCUGUCUCCACUCAAAUGGCGCCUGGCGAUCUCCGAGGUCAUCGGCACAUGGGAAUUGUGUAGCGACGUCGCAGAACUAGGCAUCGUGUACGAGCGGCACGGUGUGUGGGUGUACGCGCUGGCCCUGCUCGCGUGCUGCGUGUGGUGGUGCCGGACGUUCGGUGACGCCGAGGCGUGCCCGUGCGGUCCCAUCGAGGACAUGCUGUUCGGCAUCGGGCCCGGAGACUACCGCGCCCGCUUGUUGGGACAAGCGAUUGGCGGACUGCUCACCGCUCAGUACAUAACGUUCAUCUGGUCCUGGCACCUAAUCCCUGAGCACAAGACCAUGGCGACAACGGAAUGCCAGACCUCGCUUAUGGUCAGCCCGACCAAGGGCGCUCUUAUCGAAGGUGCGAUCACGUGCGUCAGCCGCUUUGUGGCCAUGCGCUCCAUCUACUGGACGGACAACGUCGCCACCACCAUCAACUCCAUUACUACGGUCAUUCUGGUGCUGGCCGCUCUGACAACAACGGGAGGUUACUUCAAUCCCAUCAUGGCGUCUGCACUUAUGCUCGGCUGUGCAGGAAGCACAACUACCGAGCACUUUACCGUCUACUGGGCAGGCGCACUCAUGGGUGGCUUCAUUGGACGUUAUCUGGACAUCCGGCUGGAGUACGCCAUAAAGGAGAAAUAUGCUUAGACAACAUCGCAUUCUGUAGUGCACACGGCCAACUCUUCACCACCCAUCACACUGCCUAAUGUGAACAAUGUCCUGUGUUUUCAUUUUGUCCUCAUAGAAACCAUCUAGAACUAUGCCAUGACAAAACUAGUGCACCUUUAAUCUUCUCCUAGUACAAAAAUAAUUUCAUCUUUUUAGAGCAUUUUCACUGUCAACAGACGAUGUCAAACACAAUCAUUUUUGCAUAGAGUGUGUGUUGACAUACCACAGCUGCUGCAGAGAAAGGCUCUUGAAAUUUUUUAAGAACCUGACGGACGGGGCACGAUUUUCUAUAUGACCAUGAGCAGUAUUUAUAAAAUAAAAAUGUGAACAACAUAUAAAUGAUUCAAAACAGUUAUCUGAUUUUGUGGCAUGCCAUAAUUGGAGUUUGAGAUCUCUGGGAGAGGCUUUUGUCCUGGGUUUAACAAAAUAUUCACUAAUUUUGUACAGUGUCAGGUUAAUUUUCAACUGUAUUACAUAAGCUUGCAACUGUGAUCAAGUGGGGUAGCAGAACCAGGCACCAGUUAUUAAACAAUAAAACCAAUUAUGUAAGCUUGAUGAAGAGUUCUCAUACAAACCAGCCUUUAGCACAUAUUGACACCAUUCAUACCUGGUACAAAAAACUGCUGUGGGACAGCUAGGCCCUAUACACCUCUUUCUUCACUUUAUGGUGUGAAAUGUGUAUAAAAGCUUUGCCUUACGUUCACUUCUUUCUGCUUGUGUGUAACUAUCUAUAGAAUAUUAAAAAAAAUUUCAAAACCAUGCAUGAUAUAGUUUGUAAUUCCUCACUGCAUAGAAUAUAUUUUAAAUAACAUUACACUGUAGCUUCUUACACUUUCUACUCCUGGUGCCAUCAUUUGAAAAAGGCAUAAAGGAUGUGAAUAACUUGCGGAGUGCGAAAUAAAGAUUGAAUGACUGCCACACUUAUUACGCCAGUACAGACAUGGCUUGAAACACAUAUUCAGUUAGUGCACUGCUCUACAAACUCAAUGCUCAUUCAAGCAGUUCCCUUUAAGUACAGCCUCAUCCCUAGGAUGGUGAAAGGAGCCAGCACUGCUGGAAGAUUGGCCAGCUAACCAGAAUUUCAGCAUAGCAUCCAAUUAACUGUGCAAGAACCUUAUGAAAGUUUUCUACCCUAAAGGUCUGAAAUAGCCAGUGAGGCAACUGGUGCUAGUACAGUGACCAAAUUAUUCCUUAUGCAAUGGGAAAAGCUGGCUUUUGUUUAUGCACA